AUGGAAGAGACCUCACAAAGUGCAUUUCUCUUUUCCUUAUUCUUUGCAUUCUUAUCUAUCCCCUUAAUUUCCUCAUACACUUUUGAAUUCCAAACCCAGUCACUUCUACUCCAUUCUCUCCCCCUCCCACCAACACUCUCAUGGCCCGAAUCCGAACUCACAGAUUCCGACCCGGAUAUUUCCACCACCCUCUCUCUCCACCACAUUGACGCUCUCUCCUUCAACAAAACUCCACAACAACUCUUCAACCUCAGACUCCAAAGAGACACUUCCAGAGUCAAAACAUUUACCUCACUAUUAUCCUCAUCUCUCAACCAAACCCGCCCCGAAGUAUCCAGAUCCGGUUCGAGUACAAGCAGCCCCGUUAUAUCGGGUUUCCCCCUCGGAAGCGGCGAGUACUUCACGCGCAUAGGCGUUGGAACACCACCAAGAUAUGUUUACAUGAUUCUCGACACUGGAAGCGACGUCCUUUGGCUUCAAUGUGCACCUUGUCAGAAUUGCUACACACAAACUGACCCGGUUUUUGACCCGAAGAAAUCCACUUCUUAUGCCGGCAUCCCCUGUUCGUCUCCUCUCUGCCGCCGGUUAGACUCGCGGGGAUGUAACCCGAAGAAAAUUUGCCAGUAUGAAGUCUCCUACGGCGAUGGUUCAUUCACUGUCGGAGACUUCUCAACUGAAACUCUGACGUUUCAGAGAACCGGGGUCCCCGGCGUCGCCAUCGGUUGUGGUCACGAUAACGAGGGACUCUUCAAUGGCUCCGCCGGUUUAUUCGGUUUGGGCCGUGGCGGUUUUUCUUUUCCAACCCAAACCAGAAACCGGUUCAACAAAAAAUUCUCUUAUUGUUUUGUGGAUCGGUUUGCUUCGAGUAAACCGUCUUCCGUUAAUUUCGGCGACAAAUCCGUUCCGCGAACUGCUUUAUUCACACCUUUGAUUCAAAACCCCAAAUUACACUCUUUCUACUACGUUGAACUUCUUGGAAUCAGCAUUGGCGGCGCGCCGGUUCGAGGCGUCUCAGCUUCAAUGUUUCGGCUUGAUAAAACAGGAAACGGCGGCGUGAUUAUUGACUCUGGAACUUCAGUAACGCGGCUCACUAGUCCUGCUUACGUGGCACUUAGAAACGCGUUUCGAGUCGGAACUGGGUAUUUGAAACGGGCACCCGAAUUUGAACUUUUUGAUACGUGUUAUGAUUUGGCCGGUUUUAAGGAGUUGAAAGUUCCAACGGUGGUGUUUCAUUUUCGGGGUGCUGAUAUGGCGUUACCGCCGGGGAAUUUAUUGAUUCCGGUGGAUAGUAAUAACAGAACUUUCUGUUUUGCUUUUGCUGGAACGGCGAAUGGGUUGUCUAUUAUAGGGAAUAUUCAGCAACAGGGGUUUCAGGUUGUCUAUGAUUUGGCGGGUUCUCGGGUCGGAUUUGCACCACAUGGUUGCGCGUGA